AUGCAGCUAUAUCAAGAUUCAGCUGUUAAGAACAAGAAGGAGUUUGGCCUCAACUUCAACCCUGGCCCCUCUACUCCAAGGUCAGAUGGAACUUGUGAAGCAAAUGAGAACAUGAUUGGCCCCUUCGCCAACUUCAAUGGGCUUCUGUCCCAUAUUGCUACCCACAGAGCUGCUGUGGAGCAAUCUGCUGAAGAAGCAGACUCUGAUGAUGCUCCAUCACCACCAAAGCAGAAGAAAAAGGCAAAAGAUUCAAAGCCUUCUGCUCCUGCUACUCCAAAAGCUUCAACUAAGAAGCCUCUGAAAUCUGCACCUCCUGAAUCUAGCGUGCAAUAUGAAGAUUUAUCUCGUGUGUCCAAGAGGACCAAGAAGCCAUUGCCCAAGAAGAGCUAUUUUACUUUAACAUUUAAAGUGUGGCUGCAAAUCUGGGAUGCAGGAGGUGAAAAUUCAUUGUCUAAUCUGUUUCUCAGUUUCCUCUUUCAGAAACGAGAGAUUUUUCAAGACCUUGCUCCACUGCUGUGGCACUCCUUUGGCACUGUUGCUGCACUGCUCCAGGAGAUUGUGUCAAUUUACCCUUCACUUUCACCUCCUACUUUGUCGCCAGUUGCAUCAAACCGUGUCUGCAAUGCACUUGCACUUCUUCAGUGUGUUGCUUCACACCCUGAGACCAGGAUCCCUUUCUUGAAUGCUCACAUCCCACUGUACCUGUACCCGUUCCUGAAUACUACCAGCAAGACAAGACCUUUUGAGUACUUGAGGCUUACCAGCUUGGGUGUUAUUGGUGCUCUUGUGAAGGUAAAUUAAAACUAGAUACUUAUGCAAAC